CCUCCAAAAAAUUCGAAUAUAAAAUCAGUAAUAUAGUCCAUGCAUAGGAUCAUAUAUAGUUGAAAAUAUAUAACAUGCAUAUAUAUACAUAUAGAACAAGCUAAGACCAAUAACUAAUUAAGAAUCUAUUUUAACACCCACCGAUAAACUUUCUCCAUAUAGAUACAUUUCUGAGUUUUUUCCAACCUCUUCGAUCUCUAGCUCUUUCGUGUUAUAUUAUAGGUUAGUUGGAAGGAUGUGGAAGAUCAAGUAUGGAAGGGGAGCAGAGGACCCAUAUUUGUUUAGUACGAACAACUUCUUAGGGAGACAAAUAUUUGAGUUUGAGGCAAACGCAGGGACUCCUGAAGAACGAGCCCAAAUCGAGGAGGCUCGUCAGAAUUUCUAUAGAAACCGCUACAAGGUUAAGCCUUGUAGCGACCUUAUUUGCCGACUCCAGAUGCUAAGAGAGAAAAGCUUUAAGCAAAGUAUUGAUCAAGUCAAAGUGAAAGACGUUGAGGAAAUCAAAUAUGAAACAGUGGAUGCCACCAUGAGAAGGUCCAUCAACUUUUGGUCAGCUCUUCAGUCACCCCAUGGCCAUUGGCCUGCUCAAAAUGCUGGCAUUAUGUUCUACAUUCCUCCACUAGUAUUUUGCAUGUACAUUACAGGUCAUAUGGAGACAGUAUUCAACGAACAUCAUAAAAGAGAAAUGUUAUGGUACAUGUAUUGUCAUCAAAAUGUAGACGGUGGAUGGGGAUUGCACAUUGAAGGUCCAAGCAUGAUGAUGUGCACUGUUCUAAACUAUCUUGCCAUGCGCAUUCUUGGAGAAGGGCCCGAUGGUGGCCUUGACAAUGCAUGCGCCCGAGCUCGAAAAUGGAUUCUUGACCAUGGUGGAGCGACUGGUUCUGCUUCAUGGGGAAAGACUUGGAUGUCUAUUCUUGGUGUAUAUAAUUGGGAUGGAUGCAAUCCAAUGCCACCGGAGUUUUGGUUCUACCCUUCCAUUCUUCAUCCAUCAAAAAUGUUUUGCUAUUCCCGGUUGACAUACUUGCCAAUGUCAUAUCUUUAUGGGAAAAAGUACGUUGGCCCAAUCACCCCUUUGAUUCAGGAACUCAGAGAAGAAAUCUACAAUGAGCCUUACAAACAAAUCAAAUGGAGCAAGAUGCGACAUCUUUGUGUCGAGGCUGAUAAUUACUACCCUCAUGGUAGAAUACAACGACUCUUGUGGGACAGUGUCUACUACAUUGCCGAGUCUUUUAUUGCUACUUGGCCUUUAACAAAACUAAGAGAACAAUCGCUUCAGCAAGUAAUGGAACACAUUCAUUACGAAGAUGAGAAUAGUCGAUAUAUCACUAUUGGAUGUGUUGAGAAGCCACUAAUGAUGCUUGCUUGCUGGUCAGAAGAUCCAAAUGGAGAAUAUUUCAGAAAACAUAUUCCUAGAGUUGCAGAUUAUUUAUGGGUUGCAGAAGAUGGAAUCAAUAUGCAAAGUUUUGGUAGUCAAGCAUGGGAUUGUAGUCUCUCUGUGCAAGCUCUACUUGCAGCAAAUAUCAAUGAAGACAUUGGACACAUACUAAAGAAAGCACACGAGUACUUGAAGCAGUCACAAGUGAGGAUUGAUCCUCCCGACUAUUCAAAAUAUUUUCGACAUAUUUCCAAAGGAGCAUGGACUUUUUCUGAUCGAGAUCAUGGAUGGCAAGUUUCUGAUUGCACUGCUGAAGGUCUAAAGUGUUGCCUGUUGCUCUCAAUGAUGUCGCCUGACAUUGUGGGAGAACCUAUGGAAGUAGAGCACUUGUACGAUUCAGUCAAUAUCAUCCUUUCACUACAGAGUGAAAAUGGCGGUCUAUCAGCUUGGGAGAAGGCAGGAGCUCCAAAAGUAUUAGAGUGGCUCAAUCCAGUGGAGUUUCUGGAGGAUGUGGUCAUUGAAUACGAGUAUGUAGAGUGCACCUCUUCCUCAAUACAAGCAUUAAAUUUAUUUAGGAAGUUAUAUCCAAACCAUAGGAAAAAGGAGAUUGACAAUUUCAUUACCAAGGCUGUGAGAUACCUUGAAGAGACACAAAUGGAUGAUGGUUCUUGGUAUGGAAGUUGGGGAAUUUGCUUUAUAUAUGGUACAUGGUUUGCCAUUAGAGGUUUGGAGGCUGGCGGAAAACACUACAAUAACUGUCAAGCUGUUCGUCGAGCUGUUGACUUUUUACUCAACGCACAAAGAGAAGAUGGUGGUUGGGCAGAAAGUUACACUUCUUGCUCUAAUAAGGUAUAUACUCCUUUGGAAGGAGACCACUCACAUUUGGUGCACACUGCGUUUGGAUUGAUGGCUUUGAUUCAUGCUAGACAGGCUGAGAGAGAUCCCACUCCUAUUCAUCGUGCUGCAAAAUUGUUAAUCAAUUCUCAAUUAGAGGAUGGUGAUUUUCCUCAACAGGAACUUACGGGUGUUUUCAUGAAAACUUGCAUGUUGCAUUAUGCGGCGUAUAGGAAUAUCUUCCCCAUUUGGGCUAUUUCAGAGUAUCGUAAUUUAGUUCCACUGCCUUCCAAAUGAAGAAGAAAAUUAAUAGAGUAAUUCUGAUAAAUAAAAAUAAGUUUUUCUAAAAAAAAAAUAACUUAAAUUAAAAUACUUGCUUAAAGGAUAUAUGUACGCAUAACUGGAAAUAAUAUGUAACAGAAUUAGCCUAUAUUUAUGCAAAUUAAUAUGUAGUGUUGUGCUGUGUUUGAGCAUGAUUAGUAAAGCAGCCAUCGAUCAUUA